AUGGAGGAGAAGAAAGAGGAUAUGGAAGGUGCCUGGGAUUUGGUGGUAGAAGACAUCUUGAUAGGGACUUUGGUAGAAGAGGGUAUUAUGUGGGAGCUUUCCAAGGUGGUGAAGCAGGGCUUGGUUGGUGUUAGCAGAGGCAUUGAGGAGGUUCAUGUCAAUACCAACCUGCUGAGGCCAAUACAAAUACAAGUUGACCCUGAGUUCCAGAGAGUGAGGUCAGAUGAGAAAGAGCAGAUUAAGGUUCUCAACAACAAAUUUGCAUCAUUUAUUGAUAAGGUUCAAUGUCUUGAGCGGCAGAACCAAGCUCUGAUGGCCAAAUGGGAACUUCUGCAGCAACAAAGUGCCCGACCAGAAGAGAGCAGAAAUAUCGCCUCUUUCUUCCAAUCUUACAUCAGCAACCUGCAGAGGCAGGUAGAAACGCUCCAGAACCAGAAGGAACAGCUGGAUCCAGAAGCGUAUAAUAUGCUCCAGCUUGUUGAAGAUUAUAAAAAGAGAUUCGAGGACGAGAUCAACAAGCGCGCGUCUAAAGAGGAGGAGUUCGUGGAGCUUAAAAAGGAACUGGACAGUGCCUACAUGGGAAAAAUGGAGUUUGAUGUUCGGGUGGAAAUACUGAAGCAAGAUCUUGAGUUCCUCAGAUGCUUACAUGAAGCUGAGCUGUCCCAGCUGCAGACAGUAGUUGGCAACACCAAUGUCAUUCUGUCCAUGGACAACCAUAGAGAACUGAACAUGGAUGGCAUCAUUGAAGAAGUCAGGAAAGAAUAUGAGACAAUUGCUCAGAGCAGCAAAGCUGAAGUAGAUGCCAUGUAUCAGGGCAGGUACCAGGACCUUCAGAACAUGUGGACCAAUCAACGUGUGCAACUGAGGACCAGUUAUCAGGAAAUCCAGGAACUCACCAGGCAGAUCCAAAGACUACAACAAGAAAUUGAAAUUGCAAAGAAAAAGAAUUCCAGCCUCCAAGAAACCAUAAAGGAUGCCGAGCAGCGUGGGAGCUCUGCCUUCAAAGAUGGCCAGCAAAAGCUGCAGGAGUUGGAAAAUGCCCUGCAGCAGGCCAAAGAUGAUCUCACUCGCCUUCUUCAUGACUAUCAGGAGCUCCUGAAUGUGAAAUUGGCCCUGGAUAUCGAAAUUGCCAUGUAUAGAUCACUCCUUGAGGAGGAGGAGGCCAGGAUACAGGAAGGCUCCCCAGCCACAAUCUGUGAGUAUCUCAAGGCUUUGCUUUGCUUUAAGAGCGCUGUCACCAUCUUGUUGUCUGUGGUGCUUAACGCCAACCAUCAGAACAACCCCCUUAGCUCCUACCUUAGUUUCCCAGGGAAGUGA